GGGACACGCACCGCGCUGGAUCCCGAUGGAAAAAAGAACAACAAGGGACGAUCGUUGUCGCAUCACAUCUUCCAACGCGUAUAUUCGAGAACCUGUCCCGAGCCUGAAAAAAGGACGUGAAAUCGAAAUACACGGUUAAACGACCGACCACCACCGGUCGCGCGUGUUCCGCCGCUAAUUCCUUAACCCCGAGAGAUGCAUUCCUGCAGUGGUUAUCAAGAUCGCCCAUAGACCUCAAUUACUAUUCCGUCGCUGGCAGUAAACAAAACACGAAGUUUAUAGGAAAAACAGGCAAGGCAGUUCAAGUGAACAGUACUGCACGGUCCUUUAUCGCGUUCCAUCUCUGUCCGAUACAGUCGAGUGGCCGAGCGAGCCGCCGUUAGCUCCUCUCGUUCUAAUUAACGAGCGACCUGUGCGCGUCCGACGAACAAAAGCGAGACAACUAUGGGGAAUACCAACUACAGGACGAAGAGAGAGCGAAGAAGGGAGAUGGGGCAGCAAACGAGGAAGAAGGAUGUGAAUACUAGCCGGCCAACCACGUGAUCACCGGGCGGGGGUGGCAGGCGACAUUUCGCAUGCUCAGAACUCCACAGGCUGCAGCGUAUCGCACACCGAGCCGAUACCCUUCGCAGGGAAACAAUAGUGCUGGCCGUGUCCGUGGGAGAGAAUCCGUCACAGAACUUCGACGGGUAAACGCGCACCGAGACAAAACGUUGCCCAUAGAGAUCGUCUGCCAUUCGGUUCGACUCGUACGCUCUCGUCACCCGGCUUCCACCGUUUCACCCUCCGAGAGACGUGUGCAGAGCAACGGGAGAUGUAUCCUCGGGAAAUCGUUGUCCAAGCUUUGUCAGUUCGCCCGCCUCAUUGCUAGUUUCGCGGCCUGACAAGUGGUUUCUCGUAUGGAGAUUCGUCGAUCGGUAUAAUUCUGUAAUUGUUUCCUCCUGCGCGUUGGCAAACACAGAAUCUCCUUGAAUCGUAUCAACGCAAAGUGAACUGUUGAUUGUGCAGUUUAUCGUGAAAUUCCAAUCUGCAUUCAACGAGUGACAAAUCAGGAAUUGUACAUCCUUUCUUCAGCGUUUUCAGGUAGAUAAGAGUUUUCUCUGGUUAUCAGGAACUAACACUGUCGGGGAGAGUGCAGUGCGUCCGUCGGGUGUCAACGAUGUUCUCGUGGUCGUGGAAAGUGCGAGAAAAGUGAGAGGUAGUGUGCUUAAACUUCAAGUGCACCCUGUACACGCAUUCAAUCACGUACACGCGACGCGAGGAGGGAUGACGAUGCUAUCGGGAGGGAACCAACUGCAGCUUCCUUGAUCCACGAAUAUUCUCAUCGAAGCACCCUCGCUUGGUCCAGCCGUAAACACCGGAUACAAGACGGAGUGAUAUGUUAACCGAAGACAAUGACCCGACGAAACCAGCAGGGGUUUUAGACAAUGCUGGCAACGUGUCUUCGUCCACAGAGGCCUCGGUACAACACCCUCGAGCCACAAACAAUGAGGCGGAAGUCAAGAACGAGGUGCAAGACUGCCCUGAGAACGACAGCGUGCCCAGCGGGGAAUUGUACAUCGACGAGAAUGCGGAGGAAAAGGAGCAGGAGUAUCCGGAUUCCAUGGAGAAGGACUACAGUUCAUUGUACGGACCCAGUCCAUUUUAUACCAGUUUAUAUAAUUCACCUUCCUGCGGAGCAGCAGCCACCGCGAAGAACAGCUCGGGCUUGCAAAGUUCUUACUUGACCUCGUACACCGCGCCAAGCUCCAUGACUCAGUACUCCUCUUAUGCUACCUACAACAGCGGCACUGCGAACUUCCCCAACGUAGCCCAGAAUAUAUCAUCCUCAUCACAGAAGCUGGACUAUAGCGCCUACAGCAGCAGUUUGUACGGAAACGACAGGGUAUCGUUACAGUAUUCCGGAUAUUACCCCAUGCACGGCUACCAUGCGUCGCCUGCCUCGUUUAACAUUGGGAACCUAAAUUUCGCUGAUUCGACAAAGUCUGCGCUCACGUUGGACGCAACAACUCACGAUGCCAGCGAUCUUACCGCACGGGAAACCGCAAACAUCGAAGGGGCGACAGCGAAACCUUGCAGACGCGGAAGACGCCAAAGCGGAAGUGGAAACAGUAUAGGUUCUGCGGACACGACAGAAGCCGGUCCCGACCGGAUAUUCAUCUGGGACCUUGACGAAACCAUAGUUGUGUUUCACUCGUUGCUUACUGGACUAUUCGCAACGAAGCACCGUAAGGAUCCCACCCUUCUGGCACAAGUGGCGUACAGGAUGGAGGAAAUGAUAUUCAAUUUGGCUGAUACUCAUUUCUUUUUCAACGAUGUCGAGGAUUGCGAUCAAGUGCACAUUGAUGACGUAUCAUCAGACGACAACGGGCAGGACCUGUCUUCCUACAAUUUCGCUACCGACGGCUUUCAAUGUGCAUCUGCGAACAAUGGCAUAUGUUUGGCUUCCGGGGUCAGAGGCGGUGUCGAUUGGAUGCGGAAACUGGCCUUUCGAUAUCGUAAAAUAAAAGAAAUCUAUAGCAAUUACCGAAACAACGUCGGUGGUUUGCUUGGGGCGGCGAAACAGGAACAGUGGCUACAGUUGCGUUCAGAGAUCGAAGUACUGACCGACAACUGGUUAACAUCCGCUGUAAAAUGUUUGAGUCUCAUCAAUAAAAGAAGCCAUUGUAUCAAUAUCUUGGUGACCACUACUCAAUUAGUGCCAGCCCUGUCGAAAGUGCUACUCUUCGGGAUCGGUGGAAUAUUUCCUAUCGAGAAUAUUUAUUCUGCCUCGAAAAUCGGAAAGGAGAGCUGCUUUGGAAGAGUGGUCGCACGGUUUGGUCGGAGAUGCACCUACGUGGUUAUAGGAGAUGAUUCCGAUGAAGAAACAGCGGCACGCGCCCACAAUUUCCCAUUCUGGAGAGUAAACAGUCAUUCGGACACGCAGUCGUUGUAUAACGCCUUAGAAAUGGGAUUUCUUUAAUCGAAAUAAAUUUUGAAGGCGGAGGGAGAGACAAUUUAAAGAAUACGUUCAAACGAAGGACACUUUAAUUAC